UUUGCCACACAUGCGCACCAUUCUCCUGUCAAACUCGAGUCAAUCAUGGCGUUAGACGUGUGUUUUGGCUGUCAGCAAUCUCGUAAAAAGUGAAUUAUCCCACAAUGGACCACAAGAAAAGCCCAAUCCGACGCGCAAAACGUCAAGCAAAGGUGCUCGAGGAGAACUUCUGGGACUGCAGCGUGUGCACGUUCAGGAACACAGCGGAGGCGUUCAAAUGCCUGAUGUGCGACGUCCGGAAGGGCACCUCGACGCGCAAGCCGCGUAUCAACCCGCAGUUGGUGGCCCAGCAGGUCGCCAGCCAAUUCCUACCCGCCACCAGCCAACAGAAGAAAAAGGACAAGAAGGCGAUGAAGAAACGGCGCCAUCCACCAAGACUCAAGAAUGUGGACAGAAGUACGGCGCAGACACGCGAAGUCACCGUCAACAGCGUCACGGUCAUCAUCACCGAGUACAAGCCCAAGAGCAAGUCCACGGAGACGAUCUCCAGCUCCAGCUCUUCGGAUCAUGGAUCGCACUCGGAGAGCAGCAUGGACGCGAGGUGAAGGGUGGCGUGUCAGUGACUCGAAGGACAAUGACGCCUGACGUCGACUUUACUUUGAUUGUAUAUACAGGAGGAGCCAACGGAGAUAGUACUCGAUUCCUAGCUGUCACUGCCCCAACCAGCUGUUGUUCAACGUAGACGAUUUACUUUUUCGGGUUUCGAAGAAAAUUUUAUCGAGUAAAGACUGUGAAGGACUUUAUAUACCCGCAUUAAAUGCAUUUAUAUUAUGUAAUAAUAUUCGAAAUAGCUAAUUUGUAUUAUAAAUUGUUGCUCAUUGUUAAUGUAUUUAUGAGUGAUGUCCGUAUGUUUGUUUGAUGGAAAAUGGUGUGUGAUGAAUAAAUUCGAAAUUUUCUAUUUU